CAGUCGAACUCGCCGCAGGACAGCUCCGCGAAGAGGCGCUGCGCUUUGGGCGACUUCUCGCGCAGCGGCGCGGCGCAUGCGAGCGCCAUGACGAGCGCGAUGCCGCGCGCUGCGCGGGCUGCCAUCGGACUUGUGCGACGGCAACCACGAGGUUAACGUGUACGUUGUUGAUGGUGCCCAUCAGUCUGUGAUGGAGGAGGGCUGGCCCUCCCCUUUCUGAGGAAACACGACCCUCGGAUGUUCCGCGUCGCCGCCAAGAAUGGCGCCGUCGUGCGCGCCACCGCGGAGCUCGACAGCGCGAAGCAAGGCGAGAUUCCGCGGCACACCAUCCUGCGUUCGUUGGAGCGGACCGUGCUCUCCGACGGCCGCGAGCGCGUGCGGGUCGCCGGCCCGCCCGCGGGCUGGGUGAGCAGGAAGGUCCUCGAGGCCGUCGAGGCGAGCGACGCGGCGCCGGCGAGCGACGCGCAACCCGUGGCGAAGAAGCCCAAGGCGAAGGCGAAGCCGCCGCGGCCGCCGCCGCGCGUCGACGUCAUGCGGCGGCUCACGGCGGCGCGCACGGACGCGACGCGCGUGCCCUGGCCCGCGCGCAUCCGCGGCGCGGACGUCGUCGCGCCGCCGCGCGCCAUGCGCUGGCUCCACCAGAAGCUCGCGCUGAAGCAGGACGCGUUCCUGCUCGGGGACCCCGGGCCGCACGCGCGGCAGUGCGUGCUCCAGUUCUGCGCGGCGUUGGGCCUCGAGGUGUCCUACGUUGGCGUCACGCGCGACACCACGGAGGCGGACCUGAAGCAGCGGCGGGAGAUCCGGGACGGCGGCGUCUUCUUCGCGGACCAGGCGCCCGUCGAGGCCGCGGUCCACGGCCGCGUGCUCGUCCUCGAGGGCGUCGAGAAGGCGGAGCGGAACGUGCUGCCGCUGCUGAACAACUUGCUGGAGAACCGCGAGAUGGCGCUGGAGGACGGCACGUUCCUGUCGCCGCGCGCGGCCGAGGGCGGCGGCCGGCUCCGGCGCGUCGACCCAGGGUUCUUCGUCGUCGCGCUGGGCCUCCCGGCGCCGCGCUACGCGGGCAACCCCCUCGACCCGCCGCUGCGGAGCCGCUUCGCCGCGCUCAAGCUCGAACCAACGCCGCCCGACGACGAGUACCGGCUCCUCGCGGCGGCCGCGCCCGGCGCGGACCCGACGACGCUGCGCGCGCUCGUCGAGGUCGUCACGGCGCUCAGGGGCGACGCGUCGCUCCCGCGCUUCCCGGAGCUCGGCCUCCUGAGCGUCGCGCGGCUCCUCGGCGCGUUCCCGGGGCUCGCGCCGCUGGACGCGCUCCACCGCGCGUGGCCCUGGCGGCGCCUCGGCCUGAGCGGCGGCGGCCUCGAGUUGGCCGCGGCGGCGCUCGCGCGACUCGCGGCGGCCGCGGCGCCGGGCGACGACGGCCGCCCGCCGGCGGCGCUGCCCGGCGCGCCGCCGGCGGCCCACGGCCUCGAAGGGGUCGAGGCGCCCGCGGCCGCGGACGGCGGCGGCUACCGGUCCUGCGGCGCGCGCUUCGCCGGCGUCGCCGCGCCGGUCGCCGCGCCCCACGGCGGCGGCGCGCUGCCCUGGGCGCCCGCGGCGUGCGCGCUGACGGCGAGCCAGCGCCGCGUGCUCGACGCCCUCGCCCAGGACCACGCCGUCGGCAUGGACUGCUGCCUCGUCGGCCCCCGCGGCUGCGGCCAGUGCUGCGGCAAGACCGCGAUCGCGCGGGCCUUUGCGUCGGCGUUCGGCUACAGCCGGCGGCGCGGCGGCGGCGCGGGCGGCGUCUACCCCGUCUUCUGCUUCAAGGACAUGUCCGCGCGCGACCUCACGCAGCGGCGGACGACGGACGCACUCGGCAACACGGUCUGGAGCGACGGCCCGCUCGUCGCGGCCGCGCGGCGCGGCGGCCUCUGCGUGCUCGACGGCGCGCACCGCCUCGCGCGGGGCACGCUCUGCGGCGCCGUGGCGCCCCUGCUCUGCGACCGGUCGCUGUCGCUGCCGUCCGGCGAGCGGCUCGUCGCGCGGGAGCACUACGACGACCUGCUAUCGCGCGGCUUCUCCGAGGACGCGCUCCGCGCGGCGCGCGUGGAGCCCGCGCACCCGUCGUUCCGCGUGCUCGCGACGGCGGAGCCCGGCGGCGACUGGCUCGACGACGAGGUGCUCACGGUCUUCCACGUCCACGGCGUCGACCCCCUGGACCGGCGCGAGCACGCGGCGCUGCUCCGGGGGGAGGUCGAGGCGCGCGGCGGCGACGCGGACGCGCGCGCGCCGCUGCUCGAGGCCGCGCUCGACUUCGGCGACGCCGUCGGCGGGGCGCUCGACGCGGACCCGACGCUGGCGCCCCUGCUCCUGUCGACGCGGCGGCUCCGGGCGCUGGCGACGCACGCCGCGGCGCUCCGCGGCGACGCGGCGGCCGCGCUGCACCGCGCGCUGUCGCCGGGCUUCGCGCUGCUCUUCUUCUCGUCCGGCGGCGCGAUCGCGCCCGAGGCCGCGGCCGACGCGCCCGGGGACGUCCGGCCGCCCCCGGCGCCGGCGGGGGUCCUGGAAGCGACGGUCCGGCGCGGGACGCUGCGCAUCGGCGACGUCGAGGUGCCGACGCGCCGGGCCGAGGACCGGCGCCUCGUGCCGAGCGUCCACUUCGUGUCCAUCCCGCGCCACGUCCUCGCGCUGCGCGACCUGCUCCUCGAGUGGUCCCUGGACCACCACCUCCUCCUCAUCGGCAACCAGGGCGUCGGCAAGAACAAGCUCGCGGACAGGCUCCUCGAGCUGCUGGACGCGGAGCGCGAGUACGUCCAGCUGCACCGCGACACGACGGCGCUCACGCUCGCGCCGACGCUCCGCGACGGCGUCGUCGUCUGGGCGGACUCGCCCCUCGUCGCCGCGGCGCGGUCGGGCCGCGUGCUCGUCGUCGACGAGGCGGACAAGGCGCCCCUGGAGGUCGUGUGCGUGCUCAAGGCCCUCGCGGAGGACGGCGAGCUCGCGCUCGCGGACGGCCGGACGCUGCUCCGCGCGGGCGACGCGGCGGACCGCGGCGACGACGUCGUGCCCAUCCACGCCGACUUCCGCAUGGUCGUCCUCGCGAACCGGCCGGGCUUCCCCUUCCUGGGCAACGACUUCUACCGCGAGUGCGGCGACGUCUUCGCGACGCUCGUCGUCGCGACGCCGGACCUCGAGUCGGAGCUCGAGCUGCUGCGCAACUACGGGCCCAACGUGCCGCCGGAGGCGCUCAAGAGCCUGCUGCUCCUCUUCACGAAGCUGCGGGACCUCAACGACGAGGGGUCCAUCGCCUAUCCGUACAGCACGCGCGAGCUCGUGAAGCUCGUCGCCCACCUGGAGGCGUUUCCCGACGACGACGUCGAGAGCGUCGUGAGCAACGUCUUCGCCUUCGACGCGUUCGACCCGCGCCUCGCGGAGACGCUGUCGGGCGCGGUGCGGGGCCGCGGGCUCGCCUGGCGGCCGUCGAACGGGCCGACGCCCUUCGCGCACGGGAACCCGCGUCGCGCGAAGCUCGAGAACACGCACGACGCGACGGACCGGUCCGGGAAGAUCAACCGGCCGACGUCGGGGAACUGGGACGGCCGCCAGCACAUCGGCGAGGGGCCCUGGGACGGCGGCACGGGCGGCUCCGGCACCGCGGGCAUCGGCGGCCGCGCGGGGCCCUACCGCCUCGACGUCGGGCAGGAGCUGCGCAUGCUGUCCGAGGAGGAGAAGGGCGCGCUGCCGGGCGACUUCUACGACGAGGCGAAGAAGAUGGCCGACGAGGCCUACGCGCACCGGCUCGCGGAGCUCGAGCUCGCGGGCCACGACGCCGGCGAGUACGCGUCCCUCAAGGCCGCGGUCGCCUCCCAGGUCUCGCAGCUCCGGACGGUCCUGGAGUCGCACGAGGCCCGCGAGCAGGAGCGGUCCUGGCUCCGGCACCAGACCCAGGGCGAGCUCGACGAGGCGCGCCUCGUCGACGGCGUCGCGGGCGCGCCGGACGUCUACCGGCGGCGCGGCGUCGAGGCCGACGCGGGCGCGCUCCUCCGCCCGAAGACGCCGAAGCGGAUCAAGUUCGUCCUCGACAUCUCGGGCUCCAUGUACACGUUCAACCGCAUCGACGACCGCCUGCGGCGCCUCCAGGAGGCCGCCGCCUUCGCGGGCUUCGAGGCGAAGUACGACCUGGCCGUCGUCGGCCACUCGGGCACGGGCCCCGAGGCCGAGCGCCUCGUCGAGUUCGGCCGGCCCGUGGCGACGGACGCCGAGCGCCUCGCCAUCGCCCGCCGGCUCGCGGCGCACGCCCAGUUCGCCCACUCCGGCGACUCGACGCUCGAGGCGACGCGCCUCGCGGUCGACGACGCCGCGGCGGGCGACGCCGACGAGCGCUUCGUCUUCGUCGUCUCCGACGCGGACCUCAAGCGCUACGGCAUCACGCCCGAGGCCUGGAACGCCAUCCUCAUGGCGAGGCACCCGGAGGUCCAGGCCUACGUCGUCCUCAUCUCGUCCAACGAGGACGAGGCCGCGGCCAUCGUCAGGGGCCUCGCGCCGGGCCACGCGUUCAUCGCCGACCAGACCGAGCGCCUCGCCGUGACCUUCAAGCAGAUCUUCCUCGGGUCCAUGCUCAAGAACCGAUAG